AUGUCAUCAUGUCACAUCAUGAUCUGUUUCAACUUUCCUUCCAAGUUCAUCUAUUACAACUUCUACUUCAAUGGCUCCUUCAUGUGCCUCUUGAGGACGAGUAGAGGCAUGGAGAGCUCAGAGACCGUGACGCAGGAACCCAGAUCGAAAUCAGCUUUGUGGGGGGGCUCACCACAAUACGACUAUGUCUGCUUUGAGAAAUGCACCCGUUACGGGAUACCUUUGGAGGCAGGACGCGAGGCCGGGGGGACAGGGGACGACCUGCACUACCUGGAGAACUCCCUCAGCUACCCACAGCUUUAUGGCCAAUACACAGACCAGAUAACCAACUUUGCAGAGAAGGAAGCAGCAAAACUACUGAAUAAGAAUGAGGCCCAAAAGAACAAUGAAAGAUUCCUGAAACGUGAGAGUCAAGUAGAGAUCAAAGAAGAGCACUAUUCCAAAUGUCAAGACUGUGCUAGACGCAUCCAGAAAUAUGUUACCAAGAAGCUUGGAGAGGACUGGAUUUUCCUGGUUCUGUUGGGUCUGGUCAUGGCGUUGGUGAGCUGGGGAAUGGAUUAUGCCAGUGCAAAGAGCCUACAGGCCUACAAGUGGAUGUACAGAGAGCUGCACCCGAAUGUUCCAAUGCAGUAUCUGGCAUGGGUCUCCUACCCACUUGUUCUUAUUCUGUUUGCGGCCACUUUCUGCCAACUCGUCUCUCCACAGGCUGUUGGGUCAGGGAUCCCAGAGCUCAAGACCAUUAUGAGGGGAGUGGUCCUCAAGGAAUAUCUCACUCUCAAAGCUUUUGUGGCCAAAGUUGUGAGCCUCACAGCUGGGCUUGGAAGUGGCAUGCCUGUGGGGAAAGAGGGUCCGUUUGUGCAUAUUGCCAGUAUCUGUGCUGCAGUACUCAGCAAGUUCAUGUCAAUCUUCUGUGGUGUGUAUGAGCAGCCAUAUUAUUACACAGAUGUCCUGACCGUGGGUUGCGCUGUGGGGGUCGGCUGCUGCUUUGGGACACCACUUGGAGGGGUCCUUUUCAGCAUUGAGGUCACUUCCACUUACUUUGCCGUGCGCAAUUAUUGGAGAGGUUUCUUUGCAGCUACCUUUAGUGCCUUCAUUUUCCGAGUCCUUGCUGUUUGGAACAAGGAUGCAGAUACCAUCACAGCCCUGUUUAGAACAAAUUUUCGCAUGGAUUUCCCCUUCGAUCUGCAAGAGCUGCCAGCAUUUGCUGUAAUAGGGAUAUGUUCUGGAUUCUUUGGAGCAUUUUUUGUUUAUCUCAAUCGCCAAGUGGUCCUAUGCAUCCGGCGUCAUAAGGCUCUGAGCCAGUUUCUCACCAAAUACCGCCUCGUUUACCCUGGGGUUAUAACCUUUCUCUUAGCAACCAUGACCUUUCCUCCAGGAUUUGGGCAGUUCAUGGCAGGAGAGUUGAUGCCACGGGAAGUCAUCAGCACUCUCUUUGAUAACUAUACUUGGGCAAGAUACACAGGGGACCCUCGGAUGCUAGGGAAAUCUGCUGCCUGGAUCCAUCCCAAAGUCAGUGUCUUCGUCAUCAUCCUGCUUUUCUUCCUCAUGAAGUUCUGGAUGUCUGUCAUUGCUACCACGAUGCCAAUUCCCUGUGGAGGCUUCAUGCCUGUUUUUGUUCUAGGUGCUGCAUUUGGGCGUCUUAUUGGGGAAAUCAUGGCAUCACUUUUUCCCAAUGGGAUCCUCUUUGAUGGUAUUCUUUAUCAAAUCUUACCUGGAGGGUAUGCUGUCAUUGUCUUCUCUCCCUAUUCCUUUUCCACCCUGCCUGGGAAAGGUGCAGCAGCUCUGACAGGAGCAGUCAGCCACACUGUCUCCACCGCUGUGAUCUGUUUCGAGCUGACAGGUCAGAUCUCUCACAUCCUCCCCAUGAUGGUGGCUGUUAUUCUUGCCAACAUGGUGGCCCAGAGUCUGCAGCCCAGCCUCUAUGACAGCAUCAUCCAGGUGAAGAAGUUGCCCUACCUGCCAGACCUUGGCUGGAAUCACAUAAGCAAAUACAAUAUCUUUGUUGAGGAUAUUAUGGUCCAAGAUGUGAAAUUUGUCUCCUCCAACUGUAAAUAUCGAGACUUACAAACUCUACUCCAAAGCACCACUGUUAAGACUUUGCCUUUGGUGGACUCACCAGAGACCAUGAUCCUUCUGGGGUCUGUAGAGCGAUCUGAACUGCAGGCUCUCCUCCAGAGACAUAUAAGCCCAGAACGGCGACGGCUCCUCAACAGAGAAAAGCAGCAGAAGCUGUCUGAAGCACCCUACGAUGGGCACAGCAAGGGUCCAUGGGCAACCCUGCCAAAGCUGAAGCAUGAAUCUUUUGCUUAUGUUGAUGAGGAUGAGGAUACAGAGGAGAAGGGAGAGCUGUCUCAGUCUCCAAGUCCCACUCCCAGUUACCCAGAGGAGCCCAAUGGCCCGACCAAUCCUCUUAAGCAAAUGCCUGAUACUUCGGAGCCACAGCAGCUCACAGGCAAUUUCAGGAGUUUGAGGCAACUGAUCCAGCAAUUCUUGUGCCAUUACAGCCGUCCACUUGAAACAGAGAGUGCCAUCCAGGAGCCAGUGGAAGUUGUUGACACAAUGAGGCCAGAAGAGAUAGAUGCUUGGGAACAGGAGGAGCUAAACAAGAAUGUGUGCUUUGACAACUGCCGCAUAGACCCUUCCCCUUUCCAACUGGUGGAGAGAACUUCCCUGCACAAG